GCGGUAUUAUAGCUGUGUUUGUAGCUUGAUGCGUGUGUGUGUGUGUGUCCCAUGUGAUGUGUCUGGAGCGUGUGCAGCCUCACACACACACACACAGGUUGUCUUUUUGUCGCUUACAGUAAGAGGAGGCAGACAGAGUGUGUGUGUUUGUGUGUGUCACCGCUAAACUUUGUUUGUUUCUUUAUUUUCUCUCCGACCGAAGCUACACUGAUGUAGCAUGUAGCAUCUCCUCGGGGGGCUCAACAACAACAACAACAACUGAAAUCCAACUGGAUGCUGACAGACUGGACUUCUUUGGGUGGGGCUGACGCGCAUGACACCAACACUGGAGCGGAGCCCAGGUGUUACAUUAAACAAAAAUAAAAAAAAUAAAUCAGUUUGAAUCGAGUGGAUGAAGUCAUGACCAAACCCGAGUCGAAGAAAAGCAGCGUGGCCGCCGUGAUCAACACCACCACCACCACCAGCAGCACCACCGGCAGCACCGGCACCGGCAAGUGCGCCACAGCCGCAUCCAACGCCGGGCAGGUCAACAACGGAUGCUCGGUCGAGCCGGGCUGUCCGACUCCGAGCAAAGCCGGUGUGAUGAAGCAGACCUCCAGGGAGAGUCUGCACCGGAGAAACACCGAGUGUGAGGUGUAUGACGACGGGACCAACACCUUUUUCUGGCGAGCCCAUACUGUGACGGUGCUGUUCAUUCUGACCUGUGCUCUGGUCUACGUCACUCUGUUGGAAGAGACACCGCAGGACACGGCCUACAACACCAAGAGGGGAAUUGUGGCAAGCAUCCUGGUGUUCCUCUGUUUUGGAGUGACACAAGCGAAAGAUGGACCCUUCACAAGACCACAUCCAGCUUACUGGCGAUUCUGGCUCUGUGUCACCGUCGUCUACGAGCUGUUCCUCAUCUUCAUCCUGUUCCAGACGGUGCAUGACGGACGACAGUUCAUGAAGUACAUCGACCCCAAGCUCGGGGUUCCUCUUCCUGAGCGCGACUACGGAGGAAACUGCCUCAUGUACGACCCAGGAAACACCACCGACCCCUUCCACAACAUCUGGGACAAGAUGGAUGGAUUUGUUCCAGCUCACUUCCUGGGAUGGUAUAUCAAGACGCUGAUGAUUCGGGACUGGUGGAUGUGCAUGAUAAUAAGUGUCAUGUUUGAGUUCCUGGAAUACAGCCUGGAGCACCAAUUACCUAACUUCUCCGAGUGCUGGUGGGACCACUGGAUCAUGGAUGUGUUGGUGUGUAACGGUCUGGGGAUAUACUGUGGCAUGAAGACACUGGCCUGGUUGUCAAUGAAGCCGUACCAGUGGCAGGGCCUGUGGAACAUUCCUACAUACAAGGGGAAGAUAAAGCGUAUAGCAUUCCAGUUCACACCGUACAGCUGGGUGAAGUUUGAGUGGAAGCCUGCUUCAACAGUCCGUCGCUGGCUUGCCGUGUUAGGCAUCAUCUUUAUGUUCCUCCUCGCGGAGCUGAACACCUUCUACCUGAAGUUCGUGUUGUGGAUGCCUCCUGAACACUACCUGGUGCUGCUCCGCCUGGUCUUCUUCGUCAACGUGGGAGGUGUAGCAAUGAGGGAAAUCUACGACUUCAUGGACGACCCGAAGUUCCACAAGAAGCUCGGGCAGCAGGCGUGGCUGGUGGCAGCGAUCACGGUGACCGAGUUCCUCAUAGUGGUCAAGUACGACCCCAACACCAUCAUGCUGCCCAUCCCCUUCUUCGUCAUGCAGUGCUGGUUUUUAGGAAUCGGUCUCAUCUUUAUCUGGACCGUGUGGCGGUUCUUCAUCCGCGACAUCACACUGCGUUACAAAGAGACCCGUCGACGCAAACAGGAAGUCCCCGCCGACCGGGACCGGCCCCUGGGCAACGGCAACACAGCCACCCCGUCCGGGCGGAGCAAGCUGAACGGAAGCUCGGAGACGGUGCGGCAGAGGAAGUCCUGAGGGGCGGGGAACGCGAGUCGUCACUCGGUCGGGUCGGGUCAGCAGCAGGACGUGGAGGGGGUGGAAAGGAUGAGGUUUGAUGAAGGAGGGAGGGAGGGUGGGCGAAAUGAGAAGACUGAAGGAGAAUCGUGACACAGAGACACAUGUAGGGACAAACAGAUGGACUUUUUUUUGUGCCUACAUGAACCAAGUAGUCAUUCAGCCGAGGCGAGGGGUGAAGGGGUGAUUUUCAUUCGGUGCAUUGUCUAGUUAUAUUGUCUUACUACAGGGAUUUACCUCAUUCUGUUUUUUUUUUAGGAAGAUCUGGGGAAUAAUACACAGGACAGGAAACUUUUUUUGUGUUAUUUAUACAUUAUUUUGGAUGUUGGGUGAUGAGGGGGAGGCAAAAUCACAGAGAGGUGUAGUAAUGGAGUAAAGGAGGGAUACAGGUGAGCAGGGACGUAGGUAGGUAGGACUCUCGACCAACGAUCGACAGCGGUUUCCAUUUUCUCAGCUGCACUUUGUCUUAGAAAACUGUCUUAGAGAUGAGCGUCGGGGGGGAAAACAUUGCCCGCCACUGUAAAUAUGCUUUUGUGUUUUGUGCAGUCGCGUGAGUGCAGGUGAGAAAAAGGAGAGAGUGUUCGGAGCAGUGACGAGUUUCUGUAGGUAACUGAUGUUCAGUAUGAACCUGAAGGAUUUUUUGGCCACAAUAUUGCCAAGCAGCAGCAGCAGCAGCAGCAGCAGCGAGAGAACGGAGCUCGGUUUUUUAACGCGGACGCUCUCCAGCUGGGUUCGAUUUAAAAAAUAUUCCAUUUCUUAUUUUUAUUUAGUGUCCAUUGAUUCCCAUGCAUUUCUGAGUGAUUAGAGUAGUCUUCUUAAGUUUGGUUGCAGGCUCCUGAUACAUUGUUUACAUGUGGGAGACGAGAUUUUUUUUUACGGUUCAGGGUUUUCAUCCCUGGGCGCGCUGAGCCUCGAGGUCCUUGUAACUGCUGGGGAUCCUCUCUCAGUCCGACACCCGAGAGGGACGAACUCCUCUCGGGCUUUGUUCUUGAAAAGAACAACAACAAAAAAAAAUCAAGAUGUACCAUAUUCUAGGUAUUUAACUGCUGAUAUUAUACAUGAUAUAAUGGAUAUAGUCUGGGUGUUUUUUGUAGACGUUUUCUUAUCACAGUUGUUAUUUCCUUAGGGUAAAUAGAUUAUGAACACUAGAUUGUACUCAAGUUGAGGCACUGAGAAAUCUGCAGCACUCUAACGAACACAUCCACGACAAUCACACCGACGGGAAGCUGUGCUUCCCUCUGAUGUAAGGAGACGCGUAAGGCUCACAUGCAGCACACUAACAGGACUGUCAAUGAGGCUGGGCUCAUCUAGUCACUUCAGAACAUGAAUUUAAUGUCUGAUUUAUUUUAAUGCCAAAUAUUUUUUAAUUUAAUUUUUUUUUAAAUUAAUGCCAUGUUCUGCUGUGUCUCAAUGAGACAAAAAAAAAAAAAAACAACCUUAAGUUAAAGAGUGAAGGUUUUAGUUUGUCACAUUGCACACGCCAACAAGCCAAAGCUCACAUCUCGUUCUCGCUUAAAAGCCAUAAAUGCCACCCGGACCCACGUGAGCCGAAAAAAAAAAAAAAAAAAGAAAGAUUCCUUUUCAUUUCAUUUUCAGAGAGAAGUCACGUCACCAAAACAUCUGGUCAGACAUUCAUUGAAACCAAAUUUACUUGCGGGGUGUGUCGGAAAAGAGAAUCAACUUCACACUCUGCUUUUCUUUCUUUGUGUGAUCGUACACACCAACAACUAAUAAUUCAAGUUUAUAAAAGUUUCUCACUGUUCUGACCUUCUACGGACAAAACGAUUCAUCGGUUAGUCGAGAAAUUGAUCAAUAAUAGAAAAUAAUCGUUGCGGUUUUAGUGAGAUGUUCUGAACUUUCAAUAUUUACA